CUCAGCUUCACUUUUGGUGUGUGCUCCAUUUAGUGUUCAUUUCAUUUCUCCAAAAACCGUUAUAAACUUGCCAGUUUUUUCAGCUCCUUAUUACUCACUGCCUUUGUUUCCUCAGAAGAUAAAUCAAUCGAACAAUCUUCCUUCAUUUUUGUUGUAAAUCGUGCAUUGAAACGAAUCAUGAAGGCUAGAUUAGUAGUUUUUCCAAUCAGGGGAAGGAAUUGGUGUUUCAGCCGAUCGAUCGAGUCAUCGCAAUCUGAAGCUCACUCUUCUAAUACUCCUUCUACAUUGAAAGACCUCUGGAACAAGAUUUCCUCCAAAUCUACUCAUAAUUCCUCCGGCUCGAAUCUCGAAGUCGUCGUUGAUUUCGCCUCCGAUAAGAUGAAUAAAGCUUGGACUAAUUUGGAAAAAGCGCCUGCAGGAAGUUUAAAGAACAAACUUCACGGGCUAGGGUUGUGGCUUCUUUCUCGUGUUAAGCCUUCGGAGAUCUUUUUGAAAUCCAUUCCUAAGGAGGUAACGCGUGUCGACAUCACCUAUCCCUCAAGUUUAAAUGGGCGGCUUGUUCGGCGGAGGCUACGUCAUAUUGCCUCGAGGGGGACUAUCAUCCACAGGAAGUACUUGUAUGGAUCAGCUACAUUGCUUCCACUGACAUCAUUUUUCAUGGUGCUACCCUUGCCUAAUAUACCUUUCUUUUGGGUCUUAUUUCGGACAUACUCUCACUGGAGAGCUCUUCAGGGAAGUGAAAAUCUUCUUCGAUUAGUUACAAACAGCUCCUAUCAACAGGAGUCAGAUAAAGGUACAACAGACAAGAGUACAAAUAUAAAAGAUGACCCUCAGAGAACGAACAACUGCUUUAGUCCCCCAUGGGUAUUAUUGCCAUCAGAAGACCUUCAAAAGCUUAUUCGAUCUGGAGAAUCUAAUGAUGGUUUGAGUGAGCCGACCAUAUCUGAUAUCUGCCAGAGAUUUAACUUGAACACAAUGGAUGUUAUUAAGUACAAACACUCACUGUAGCUGACUUUUCCCAAGUGCUGCAAGUCAUUCCAUAUCAAUCUGGAAAGAACAGGUCAUGAGAAUUUGAGCAGCUUCUCUGACUCUAUAAGACUAUGGGGAACCAAGAAAUUCAUCUUAAUCUUCGCAAUUACUACAGGAGUACACAACAAAAUGUUUUUUCUCCUGUAUUUUCAUUGAAUGCUGGGAAGCUGCCCUGGUUCAAUAAAUUCUGCCUCUAUAUACAUUUGUUCCCUUGUGACAUGUCUUGGAAUCGACAAGACAAAAAUGACAAACAUUAGGACAAUAUCUCCAUCCACUGUCACUAACAUACAUGUUACCUAUAGGUUUCUUUGAUUCAGUCUGCAAUAAUAUCUUCCUAGAAUUAUAGCUUACUGUAGUAAACUAGAAAGCUAUAACUCUUCAUUUUGUUUUAGUGGUUGUCAAGAGGCUUAGUUUCAAAAUUGUGGAUUCGUAUAAACCGAAACUGUAUUAGAGCGUUUAGGCUCUUGAUUCUGAAUGUUGGAUGUAAUUGAUAGUUUUUAAGUUCAGACUUCAGAUGUGCAUUAAACCAUACCAAAUGUGAA